ACGAUCCACAAACCCAACGCGGGCAAACUUUUUUUACCCCUUUUCUAGGAUGAGGCCCGCUUCCCAACUUCUAAGUAACCGUUUCUAAUUUCACUAAAAGGAUGCUUCUAAGUUCCUGUGAACCCAGCUGCUAUAGAAACACUACUGCUCGACCCCAAAAUGAAACGCACGCCCAGGUCCGGCGACUGCACGCCGAGCACGUCACCCCGGCAGGGCGCCGGCUGCGAGCGCCCACGGCCAGCCGGAACGUUCAGAAACGGAACCUCGCCCGGCGCGGCUCUGAAAACCCGGCUCCCGCACCUCCGGCCUGCACCGCCCGGCGCCGGGGCAGAGCGGCACUCGCCCGCCCAGCCCCCAGAACGGCCCGGCCCGGCCCUCCCGGCUCACUCACUCUUCAUCCUGCGCGCGGGAGUCGGCGACAACCCCUGGCCGACCCUGCGCGGAAAAGACAAGGGCAGGAAGGCCGGCACCUGCCCUCCUCUCCCUGAGGCGGGAUCCUGUGCUGGGACCUCCGCGGUGGCCCCUUGCCCAAGAGCGUUAGGAUACAGCCGCCAUAUUGUAUCCUCGUCACCCUGGCAACCGUCGGCCCUGACCGCCCCCGAGGUGGAGCCGCGCGUGCGCAGAAGCCUGCCAACAUAUGCAUGCGCAAUGCGGCCCGCCUCCUCUGCGUGGUUACUUAGCGACCGCCGCCGCCGCCGCUUCAAAUUUAAACCCUCGCGGGCUGGAGUCUCCCGGCUGUCACUCAGCAAUUCCAAGCCUGAAACGCGGAAGAGAUCCUGCAACUUCUACUGGCUCGAGAACUCUGACUUUAAAUGACACCUCUUCUUUGCCACCUCAUCCCGCAGUUGAGCAUCUACCGGUCUGGUACCAGCGAUUACCCAAGGAAUUUGGAGGUGAAUGUGCAGCAGUUGCAGUUUAUUGGAGAAGACAGAGUAGAGGAGUGGACAACGUGAACCUGGCUCCCUUCCUGCACUCUGGGAGCCCUGAGCCACAGCAGCGCCCCAGGUGAGGCUCUUCAGCAACCAGGAGGCCCCAGGACGCAAGGGCCAGACGUAGACAUGGUGGAGUCCUCUUCCCAUCGCUGUCUCCACCCUGUUUUCCCCCUGAUAUACAGACCCUAUCCCCUUGCUACCUCUUAGCUAUUUCAACCCUUGUACCUUGUAUCAUGUGAUGUAUUCCAUUAACAAGAGGGCAAAUUGAAAACAUUUUUUCCAGCAUUAAAAAGAAAAGAGGGCUGGAGGUUGUGGUUCAGUGGUAAGGUGCAUGCCUCGCAUGCCGGAGGCACUGGAUUUGAUCCUCAGUACCAUAUUUUAAAAAAAUAGAUAAAAUAAAGAUAUUGUGUCCAUCUACAA